AUGUAUAGGAAUAAGUAUCAGCCAAAUGUUCUAUCCCUUUUGCUGAGUGCUGGAUCCAAGCCUCUAGACCUUUGGAAGACCAAGACAAAAAAGGGGUGCGUUAGAAAAGUCCUAGAUGAUUCUAUAAAAUUAAGUGCAAUUGAGAUCAUGUCAGAAAAUACCUCAGAUUCAUACAUAUACACAGCUCCGGAGAAAUUCACAUCCUUGGCCAUCACUCAUCCAUUCAUAGUGCUCAUCGUUAAAAAUAUGAAUAAAUACUUUUCGUUUAGAAUAAGUUUAAUGGAUGAUAAGAAUUGUAGGAGAACAUUUCGCAUUUCUAACUUCCAGACUGUGACAAGACUCUCCAACAAAUGGUGCACCAUGCCAAUGAUCCUAAACGAAGGGUGGAAUAUCAUCCAAAUAAAUCUAAAAGAAUACACGGAAAAGGCCUUCAAAACAAAGUAUGUAGAAACAACUGGAAUUCAAAUAAAUGCGAGCGUACGAAUCAGGUGUAUCUAUUUUUGCGACAAAAUAUACAAUAAUGAUGAAUUGAAAGAAGAAUUUAAAAUCUUUUUCAAAAAAAAGGAAAAACCUAAGUAUAUUCCACCACAGCAUUUAAAGAAUCCCCUAAAAAAAAUGACCAUAAGAAAUAUUAUUACUGAGGGCGAGGCGAAGAGGGAGACCCCCGCGUGUUCAGAGAGUAACAAUGAAAAGGUGGAAGAACAUGAGAAAGAAAGUGUGACGAGCAAUGCAACGGAUCAUGCAGCAGACAAUGCAGCAGACAAUGCAGCAGACAGUACAGCGGACAAUGCUGACAUGGCAGAGGCAAUUGAACUGUACAAAGAUAGUACAGACGAUCCUUUUUUUGAAAAUAAAAACGAAGAUGAGGGCUACUACCUAGCACAUGUCAUUGCCAAUGAUGAGACACAAGUUGGUGAAGAAUCCAGCGAAGCUACUAUCGAAACAGACACUAUUCUUACCGACGAGCCUGAACAUUUGACACACAUAAAGAACCUCGAAAUGGAUGUAAACAAUGUGCUGUAUGAAGAUGUAAACUAUGACACAUACAACAAUGAUGAUAACUAG